AAGAGCUAACUCAAACGCUCUCCCUCCUUGAAGGCCGGGAUGGUUCUAAAGCAUGUUAGAAAAGCCUCACCAACUAAAAUCCACCGAACUUUCGAAUCUUUUCACCAAUUGCAGAACUGGUUUCCUACCAAAUCUUUCAGACGAUCACAAGUUGUUGCCAUCGAGCUUGAGACUACACCGGGAGGUAUAGAAUCUGCCGGUUUUUGUGGGGGACGCCACCCGUUCGAUGAAAUUCCCCAACGAAGCCUUUCAGACAACAAUCAUUUGCUGUUCAAGUUCUCCCGCAAUAAUCUCUAUGUCCAGGCACUAAAUCUCUUUAUGGUUACUCACCAUUCUGGCUUGCAGAUGGAUGGGUCUACCCUUUCUUGUAUUCUGAAGGUCUGCGGAUGCCUGUCCAAUCAGAUUAUUGGUGAACAAGUGCAUUCUCAUUGCAUUAAAUCUGGGUUCUUGGGGGAUGUUAGUGUUGGGACUUCUCUUGUUGAUAUGUAUAUGAAAACUGCGAAUGUUGUAGAUGGGAGGAAUUUUUUUGAUGAAAUGAAGGACAAGAAUGUGGUGUCUUGGACUUCAUUGCUUGCAGGUUAUUCAUGGAAUGGCUUAGUUGAUCAGGCAAUGGAAAUAUUUUUCCAGAUGAAAACAGAGGGAUUCACCCCUAAUCCGUUUACCUUUGCUGCUGUUCUUGGAGCUUUGGCAGAUGAUGGUGCAGUUAACAAGGGAACUCAAGUACACAGCAUGAUUGUUAAAAAUGGUUUUGCAUUGACUACAGUCGUAGGUAACUCUUUGAUUAAUAUGUAUUCGAAGUCAGGGAUGAUCAGAGAUGCCAGAGCUGUGUUUGACAAUAUGGAGAACAGAGAUGCAGUUUCCUGGAAUUGCAUGAUUACUGGUUUUGUGACAAAUGGUCUUGAUGUGGAAGCUCUUGAACUAUUUUAUGACAUGAGACUCACUGGUAUAAAGCUUACGCAAAUGAUUUUUGCUACAAUUACUAAGUCAUGCGGCAGCCUUAAAGAACUGGGUUUUACAAGACAGCUCCAUUGUCAGGUUCUUAAGAAUGGGUUUGCUUAUGAUCUCAAAAUCAGAACAGCACUUAUGGUUGUUUAUAGUAAAUGCCAUGAAAUGGAUGAUUCUUUAAGAUUGUUCUGUACAAUGCAGGGGCUUUGGAAUGUGGUGUCAUGGACAGCCAUGAUUAGUGGUUACUUGCAGAAUGGGGAAGAAGAGCAAGCAGUGAAGCUUUUCUGCCAGAUGAGGAGAGAGGGUGUUGGACCAAAUCAUUUCACUUAUUCAGCCGUCCUUACUGCUCAUCCUACUGUUUCUCUCUUCCAAAUCCAUGCACAAGUGAUCAAAGCAAAUUAUGAGAACUCACCUUCAGUAGGCACUGCACUUCUAGAUGCUUACAUUAAGAUAGGUAAUACCAGUGAAGCUGCAAAAGUUUUUGGAGUUAUAGAAGAGAAGGACAUUGUAGCAUGGUCUGCAAUGCUAGCUGGAUAUGCUCAAAUUGGAGAUACUGAGGGAGCUGUUAAAAUUUUCCUCCAGUUAGCAAAGCAGGGGGUUUGGCCAAAUGAGUUUACCUUCUGCAGUGUCAUCAACGCAUGUGCUAGUCCUGCUGCAGCAGUGGAGCAGGGAAAACAGUUUCAUGCGAGCUCAAUUAAAUCAAGAUAUAGUAGUGCCCUAUGUGUAAGUAGUGCUCUUGUUACCAUGUAUGCAAAAAGAGGGAACAUUGAGAGUGCAAACCAAAUUUUCAAGAGGCAGCAGGAGAGAGACUUAGUUUCAUGGAACUCGAUGAUCUCAGGAUAUGCACAACAUGGCUGUGGCAAGAUGGCUCUUAAAGUAUUUGAGGAAAUGCGAGAGAAUAACAUAGAAAUGGACAAUAUAACAUUUGUAGGUGUAAUUUCUGCCUGCACUCAUGCAGGGCUAGUUGAUGAAGGUAAAAAAUACUUUGAUAUGAUGGUCAAAGAUCUUCACAUUGAUCCAACAAUGGAACACUAUUCAUGCAUGGUUGAUCUAUAUGGUCGAGCUGGAAUGCUUGAAAAAGCCAUGAAUCUCAUAAACAGGAUGCCACUCCCAGUGGAUGCAACUGUUUGGCGUGCUCUUUUGGCAGCUUGCCGUGUUCAUAUGAAUUUGGGUUUAGGUAAACUUGCUGCAGAAAAGAUAAUUUCACUUCAGCCACAAGACUCAGCUGCAUAUGUCCUGCUAUCAAAUAUGUAUGCAGCAGCAGGAAAGUGGCAAGAAAGAGCCAAGGUGAGAAAAUUGAUGGAGGAGAGGAAGGUAAGAAAAGAAGCUGGGUACAGCUGGAUUGAGGUGAAGAACAAGACAUUUUCAUUCAUAGCUGGUGAUAAUUCACAUCCCUUAUCAGAUCGUAUUUAUUUAAAACUCGAAGAGUUACAUAUAAGAUUGAAGGAUGCAGGAUAUCUUCCAGAUACUAAUUUUGUGCUACAAGAUGUUGAAGAUGAGCACAAAGAAGCUAUUCUUUCUCAACACAGUGAGAGAUUGGCCAUUGCUUUUGGAUUAAUUACCACUUCCCCUGGUACUCCAAUUCAGAUUGUGAAAAAUCUUCGAGUUUGUGGUGACUGUCAUGCUGUAAUCAAGUUAAUAUCUAUGAUUGAAGGGAGAGAGAUUACUGUUCGAGAUUCAAACAGAUUUCAUCAUUUUAAAGGAGGUUUAUGCUCUUGUGAUGAUUAUUGGUGACUCUUAAACAGAUGGGUAAAGAAUGGGCUGUAAUGGAAACUUGUGCAAGUGAUCCACCUCAAUUUUGUACAAAGUAGAAGGUUAUUGCCAAACAGCAUGUUGAAGUUCAAAUCUAUACACAGUACAUCCCCCAAAUUCAUGGCCUGAUGAAGGACCCAUACACAACAUAAGCAUAUGGAUUAGCAUCUUGUUGCUGCAGUACAUUCAACAUAUUAAGGAAGAAAGAUACUUGGAGCUUUUAAAUACUGGCUGGUGGUUUAAUCAGGGAGGAGUCUCUGUGGAAAUGUCAUGUCAACACUUUGCAAAGACUGAGCUAUGAGAAGAAGUUUAUGAUCAUUUAUCUCCUCAUUGAUGUUAAUACAGUGGCCAGAGGGGCACUUCGUCUGCAUUUGUUUGUACUGCCAAAGAAACAGAUUUGACAUAGCUUUGAGAAUGUAAAGAUGUCAAAAUCUUUCAAUAGGUAUAUGGAGAGGUGUGAUGCAUUGCUUGCACCAGUAAUGCAGAAAAAACAAAUGAUGUUCUUAGAUCAAAAUCAUAACUUUGUCUGAAUCUGUUCCUUCAACUGGAUUUUAUGAGAGUAGGACCAUAAAGAUUUGAAGGUUGCCAGAUUCCAAGAAGGUGACCUGAGUUUGAUAUGGUAGCCAGUUUAGAAAUGGAAACAGGGAAUGGAGGUGUAAGAUUAAUGUUACAUCUGACAUAUUAUAUACCUGUGACUCCCAUAGCCAGUGAAUUUCAUGUUGUGCAAUACUCUCUCCAGUUUACGACAAACUGGAGUUUGCUUUGUCAGGUAGAAACAUUUAAACUUGCAUACUUCAUUUGGUUAAUGAGAAAAUGCUGUUUUACUAAACUUAAUGAGUUCUGAAACUAUUCACUGCAGUAGUGAGAAAUUCAUCAACUUGGACUUUGUCUAGGGUAAUAAUAGUCAUGGCAAUGGGUUUCCUUAAUAACAAGAGUUUGUGAUGACAAGAAAUAUUUGAUUUUUUCACUGUAAGGUUGUUAAAUCUUUAUCCCCAAUGCUCAUGUUAGGACUUCCCUCUUCCUUGUGAAACUGGGGAAGGGGGUGAACAAGCCCAUACAAGUGCGGGAAGAGAGAGAAAAUAGGGUAUGGAUGUGGCUGGAGAGAGAAACAUACCAGGACUAGGGUUUAGACUCUGAUACCAUGAUAAAUUAGAGAGAAAAAAUGGAUGAAUGAUUUAUCUUCUCUCUUAUUGAUACUAUUGAGUCAAUUAUAUACAGGAAGUAACGGGCCAUAGGCUGUGCAGUACAAGUAUAGUAUGGUUAAUGCUAAUGUAAUACAAUAGCUAAACUACGAUAUAUACACUAUUCUAACAGUUACCUUAUUAGUAUUGUUUCCUUUAUUUUUUUGCUACCUCAAUUGGGUUGACUAAUCCCUAACUAUUUGGGAUUGGUUGCCUAAAUUGGAAUCCACACUUGUAAUAAAUACCUAGUGUAUAGUGUAAGUAACACAAUACAAUACAAUAUAGAAAAGUGUACUUUUCCACAUCAGUUUAUGCAGUUCAAUUUCCAAUUAAAUGAAGGAUAAAUUGACUGUACAUCCUUUGAUCUUUGGUCCUUUGACUAAAAAAUCCUUGAACUUUACAAUUCGUUAAAUUAGUCCUUGAACUUUUGUCCUUUGGUGUCGUGGCUAAUUUUGGAAAGUUUGAGAAUUGAUUGGGUGAAUUUUAAAAUUUAUGGGCCGUCCAGGCCAAAUGACCAAAGUUUGUGUGUGUGUGUGGGGGGGGGGGGGGGGGGGUGUUGGUUUGGUCAAUUUAUCCAUAAAUGAAUUCAGUAAAAAAGAAACUCCUUUUUCAUUGCUAGAAUUCACAUUGAAAUGCAUUGGACUGAAAGAUGCACGCCAUUUUAAGUCAAAUAGAACCUACUUUUAUAAUGUCUGGAGUUACUGUAUUCGGUCACAUUGAGAAAAAGACUGCCAUCUGCAGUGCAAGUUAGUGAAAAGGUUUGUAUCUGUUUUGCUUGAUUGUAGCAACUAGUUUCCCGUAAUGGCAAAGAUUUCUUAUUAAAUUUAGAGUCGUGCUACAAUGUUGAAGUCCGCCCAGUUCACAUAGAUGAAAUCCGUCCGAAUUUUAUUUAAAUGCGCGCGCGGUGUUUUCAAGGUGAGGAUAUUUUUGACAUUUGAUAUUUUUAGUCAUCCCGUACAUUAACUAAUUCGGGCAAAGUAGAAUAAUCCUUAAAUUUAAAAGUUCCCUACAUAGAUCAGUUUUUCCAUUUAUGUCAGAUGAAGCUUGAAACUUACUUUUCUGCUGCUACAUAAGCUUUAAAUUCUUCUGCCUGUUCUUGACCAAUUAACGUGCUUGGAAUCACGAACUGAAAGCUGACAUCUUUUAAAAGUAGUGGAUCUAUGAGUAUUAUCCCCACAACACCACCUUCUCUUACAAAAGUCUCCUUUUCUGUUUGACUAUCACUGUUUGACUCAAUCUCACAGACCACAAUCUCCCUUUUGAUUAAGGUAGGGGCUAAAGUAUUGUUCUUGCAGAAGCUAGAGAGGAAUAUUUGACAGAAAAAGUCAUUAGAACACAGAGAUAGUAGCCUGAUAAUAAUCACUAGAUUUGAUUGUAUUUCUCACGGUGAAAAUUUUGACAUUCUUGAUGUAUGUGGAAAAAUGUGCAAUACGAAUUUUGGAUUAUUUAUCAAAAUUGUUGCAGAAAACAUUAUAUACAUCCGAGACAGUGAGCAGAAGAUCCUUUCUUUUUGUUCAGUUUAAUUUACCUUGCAUUCUUUUGGGGAACUCCUGGGGCUACUGCAACACUUUCUGCUAUCAAACUAUAGUAGCCCUUCAUGUUUGGUUGAGUUAAACCAAAAUCCUGUAAACGUAUGAGCAGAUUGAAACUCACCUUUUUCAGAGGUGAGAAGAUCAUAUAUGAGCAGAUAAAUCACCUUUAACAUUUUUGAAUUUCCAAGAUAAAUAUAAGAUUGAAACUCAUAAUCUAUAGUGCUUGCAGCAACAUUGAGGAUCCAUGGAACAACAUUAGAUGUAGUGCCUGGGAAAAAGCUGUUCCCAGCUGAUGCAGAGACAAGAAUUCCUUUCUGGAAUGUGUGGAAAGUUCCUAUUGGUAUUGCGUCCUGUAAGUAACUCGUCUGGGGUGGCAAAGGACCAACUAACAGAAAUAAUGUCAACACCAUCGUGAAUUGCAUCAUCCAGGGCCAUGAGAAGAUCGGCAUCAUUGCAGAUACCAAACCAACAAGCCUUGUAGAUGGCAGGUCUAGCAGUUGAGAACCAGCCACUGUGGAGGCAGUGUGAGUUCCAUGCCCAUCAGCAUCACGAGCUGACUGGAAAAAUGGUAGCUUGAAAUGCUCGAGAGGUUUGUUGUCUGCUUCAAACCCUUUAAAGUAGAAUCAAGCUCCAAUGAUUUUCCUACAAGGGGUUCAGCAUAGCACUGCCGCACUGCCAUAUGAGCCAGAACCUUGCAUUUGCAGUGGUAUGUAUAAUUUAGCAUGCUGUUAUGGAUUCUAGGCCUAGGGGGCACUGGACCUAGGCCUUCAUCACUGAAGCUCCGGGACUCUGGCCAAAUUCCUGAAAGUAAGGAAGAACUAGGAUCUUGACUGUGUUGUUUCCUGGGAUGCCCUUUCUUAGCAUUCCCGAAAAACACAUGCACAUUGCAUCAACACUUACCUUCGUAUUGGUGGUGAUGGCGAUUCCAUGUAAAACCAGAAACUUGAGGAAGAAGAAGACGGCGAGAACUUUGGCUACCAUGUUUUCUGGUGAAAACCCAGAACAGCAAAUACUGGAAAAACAAGGUAUGGCUGGACCGGCUGGUUUGAGAAUGUAAAAUGGUGAUGAUUUUACAUGAAUUUUGCAGGGCCUUUUUAUGGGCAAAACAAUUAAAUAGCCGGCUUGGCCUGAGUUAGGGCUGAAUUUGAUUGAAAUUUGGAAUCAGAUUUUGGAUAUUCUGUAAACAUGUAAUGAAAAAAGUAAAUGGAUUCAACUGUGUGUACUCAGUUGGAGGUUUUUGUAGCCGGCUAAUGUUAGAUGCUCACUCAAGCAAUACAGUGCUGAACACGACAUUUUGAUAAUUUUUUUACA